UGCGCGUAUUUGAGCGUCACUCCUACUCAGCUACGCAGCUGUGAUUUCUCCGGUUCAACCUGCUCGUCAGGCUCGUAUCAGGAUUCCAGAUUUCGUUCUUGUGAUUAAAGAAAAUAAACACCAGCAGCAGCAGCAGCGAUGGACUACAAAGAGCAGGUUGCUGAAAUCGAAGCCUCCGCCCGCUUUGGAGACCUGAUCGAAUUCUCGUAUCCGAUUGGCUACUCACACUGGGGCGUCUACGACGGAGACGGAUACGUCAUUCACUUUGCAGUCGCAGAUGAGACGCAGAUAAUGAAUACAUUCCGCGGUUACCUGCAGACCAUCUUCCCUGUGUGUGGUGACCUCCUUCUCGGAGAGACUCGUAUCCGCCGCCAACGUCUCGCAGAAGUCAACGUCCCCAAAGGAGCUCUCCUCCUGGUGAGCAAUUCUCGGCAUACGUUCACACCAUCGGAGCCAGAGGAAAUGAAGCGACGACGUGACGCCCUGCUGGACAAACAACUUCCUUACCAUCUCUUCAGUCAGAACUGCGAACACUUCGCCACAUUUGUGCGCUUCGGAAAAGCGGUGUGUAACCAGAUUCCAGGAAAAACCAAAAACAAGGAGUGUGAGGAGGCGACUAAAGUGUUCGCAGACAUCGUGUGGAGAGAGACUUCGUAACCUUUGACAGACCCCGAAAUAUCCUAACCAGAAUAAUAUAUAUAGCAUUAAUACAUGAGUCUUUGUAUUUAUGUUGAUGGAUUUGUGUUGUGUUUCAUGCUCUGACACACCCACUGUACCUCCUGAGCUUAUUAACACACCUGAGUGAGGUGUGUCAGAGCAGCUAAAGCAUUCAACCUGCCAGACUACUGUUAGAAGGGUGGAGCAAGGAAAUUCUAUAUUUUUAAGCCUCAAUAUGUAUUGUUGAAAAUAAUGAUUUCUCUAAUGUUGCGAUUUAUUUGUGUGUGUAUGUGUGUUACAAUAA